UUCACCCUCAGGUUUAACACCACGAAGAACAAAUAAAAGAGGAAGGAUUAAAAAAAAAGAAAGAAAAACAACAGUUCAAGCUGUUCUUCCGCUACCCGUGGACUUGGACAGAACAUCUCAGGAGACAACCAGCAGAACUUUUGACAUCAAGAAAUUUGUGAGGCAAAACUUUGGCGUCCUCUCACGUCUGCAAACUAACGGAGGAGUAAACACCCCCCCACACACACAGCGACCUGCUGACCGACAAUGGCUGUGAACGUCUACUCCACCUCUGUGACCAGCGACAACUUGAGUCGCCACGACAUGCUCGUCUGGAUCAACGAUUCCCUGCAGAUGAACCUCACCAAGAUCGAGAUGUUGUGCUCAGGUGCUGCCUACUGCCAGUUUAUGGACAUGAUGUUCCCGGGCUCCGUGCCUCUAAAGAGGGUCAAGUUUGGCGCCAAGCUGGAGCACGAGUACAUUCACAACUACAAGCUCCUUCAGAUUGCCUUUAAGAAGAUGAACGUGGACAAAAUCAUCCCCGUGGACAAACUGGUCAAGGGCAAGUUCCAAGACAACUUUGAAUUUGUGCAGUGGUUCAAAAAGUUCUUUGACGCCAACUACGAAGAACGGGAUUACGACCCGUUGGAGGCGAGGCAAGGCCAGGACGCCUCGCCCGCUGCCAACGCCGCCACGUCUGCGCUCAACAAACCCCCAAAGAAGGCCAUCAGUCAGGCUCCUCAGAGGCCGCCCGUUGCCAAGGUAGCGCCCAAGGUGUCAACCGUCAGCGCCAGGAAGCCUGGAGGUGCAGGAGCUGAUGACGACAGGGCGGAGCUACUGAAUGAGGUGGAGGUCCUGAAGUGCACCAUCCAAGACAUGGAGAAGGAGCGAGACUUUUAUUUUGGUAAGCUGAGGAACAUUGAGUUGAUUUGCCAGGAGAAUGAAGGCCAGGGCGACCGCACGCUGCAGAGGAUUGUGGACAUCCUUUACGCCACAGACGAGGGAUUCGAAAUCCCGGACUCUGAAGAGCAGGAGGAGUUUUAACGUUUGAAGACCACAGGCUGACCCCCGAUCCUCCGCCCCACCCACCCCCACCACCCGCGUCGACUUUGUGGUCGUGCAUUUCGACCCCGCCGGGCUCGCCUCUUCAACCCUUCCGUCAGCAAACGUCUCGGCUGCCGGCCUCUUCUUCCUGCACGCCCCAGGAAGUAUCGGAUGUUUUGUAUGAGACUGGAGCGUAAGAAGAUGACAUCGUGCGUGUGUGCAUGUGCGUGCGUGUAUGUACUGUACGUCUUUAACAAUCCACAUAAACCUCCUUUGAAGACGCGACUGUCAGUUGACCAAUCAAUUUGUCCCAAGCUAAGUCCAAUUUGACCUUUUUGUUGUUUCCACUGCCACAUGAGUGCCUCGCUUUUUUGUUUUUACAUUCCCAACCAGUCCAAUUAUUUCAAAAGAGGCCACCUACGUCACCUCGCCUCGCUUCUUUUGAUUGAGGCUCCAAAUUUCAACUCCCCGCCAGCUGCUGGCGCAAAGCUAGCUGCUAAGUGUCACCUUCCACCCCCUGAAGGGCUUGUAACUUGGCACGGGACAAGUCUGUCAGUCUGGUCUUCACUCGUCGACUAAAGCAGGAUUUCUCAAAGCGCUCCAAGGCGUCUGCAGUCUAGACCAAUGGAGUCGGACCUGGAUCAAUGCAAACGCUGAAUGUUGUGUAUGUAAUUGUGUUGAGUGUGUGUUGGCGUGUGUAAAAAAAAAAAAAAAAUGUUUUUGUGUCGUUUGAGAUCAGCCUCCUUGUUACUUUGGAACAAACUCAGUCAAAUGGCCUUAAUCAAGCAACCUGCAUUCAUUGUCAUGACAAUUUCUCUCAAGUGUAAUGUUCUAACAGUGUUUUCAUGUAUUCUAAAGGAAAAAAAACAAACUUUAUUGAUGUCAGGUGUUUAUUAGGACUGUAAAGCUCAGACAUGGCCGGGUGUGGCAGACCCCACUUGUCUUCCAUCGAGCGCGUCUCUGGUUGCUGAGGCGUUCUUUUGCCGUUUGGGUGCUCGAAAGGCUCCAAUGCGGAGCGUCCAGCCAAAAACACGGGAGACGAGCAGCAACCUCCUGUUGCGACGGCCUUUUUUUUUUUUUUUUUUUUAACCCUGUGAAUGUUGCACACAAUCAGACGGUGCCUGCGUGUUCUUUUGCCUUCUCAUUAAAAACAGACUGUUUCCAAAUCUUUA